CAAAACCCCACAGGCAGCCAGCCGGCACCUACCCCGUCACGUGGGCCCCACCAAGACACACACGAAGAGUGGGGAAAAACGUGCUCGCUCUCCGUCUCCUCCCAAUGCGGCGUCUCGCUGUCCUCCUGCUGCCGCUGCUCCUUGCCGCCGGCGCGGCGGCGGCGGCGGUGGAGGGGCCCGCGACCUCCCCUCCCCCUCCUCUUCCUCCGACUCCGCCGCCGCCGCCUCCAUCGCACAAGAACGCGACUCUCGCCGAGCUCCUCCCGCUCUACGGCCUGCCCCCGGGCGUCUUCCCCUCGACCGUCACCGCCUUCUCGCUCGCCAACAACGGCAGCAUCUCCGUCGACCUCGCGGGGCCCUGCUACGUCCACUUCGAGUACCUCACCUACUUCGCGCCCCGCGUCACGGGGGUGCUCCGCUACGGCUCCCUCUCCGACCUCCACGGCGUCCAGGUCCGCCGCUUCCUCAUCUGGCUCAACGUCAUCCGCAUCAAGGUUGACCUGCCCCCGCCGCCGCGCUACGUCUACCUCGACAUCGGGUGGAUCACGCGCAGGCUACCCGCCUCCGACUUCCAGUCCGUCCACUCCUGCGAGGAAUCCAGCCGGUGCCGCCUCUCCUCCGCCCUCGCAGUCGCCGCCAAAUGGCUCCAGUUUCUGUCUUCGACACCCUGAGAGGAUCAUUCGAGCCGUGAACAAGCUGGUACACUGGCGUUCGUUACGAUCUUUACAAGCAACUAAUCAAGAUGCUGUCGCAUUUGUAAAUUUGUGGGCAUUUGAUUGCCACGUUAUCUUUGUGGAUUUGUACUCGACACUUUCAUCAACUUUCUAGUGUUCCACACUUGAAAUUUGAGAACAGGUGGCAGAUAUGAAGUUGCCUGUUUCGUCAUUUGUACAAAUCUUUAGGCAGUACCGCGCAAACAAUCUUAGGUUACCGUCA